AUGUGGUGUGACAACUGCUUGCUCGUGUUGCCUCUUAGGGGUGGUGCUAUUGCCUGGGCUGUCGUGAUCGCUGCGUACAGUCUCGCCGGUGGACUCUUCCUUCUCAUUAGCGGUCAAUAUAUCUUCUUCUUUUUCCCUGAAUGGCAAAUCUACGGUGGCAUCGGUAUCGGAGUAUGUGCGGCUGCGGUCAUUAGCAUGUUCGCUCUCUCCAACCGAUCGUACAUUUGGAUACGCGUCGUCAAUUUCCUGUGGCCUUUCCUGAUUGUGAUAUGCGCUGUUCGAGCUAUAAUCAUGAUCGUCCAGCUCCAACGGGGGAAGGACAAGAUUCUGUGGGAAUGCAACAAUGGCGGCCAACUGUGGACCGACUCGGCGGCUACUGCGACAUCGACAACCGGAUCGAUGCCAGGUGGAUUUUGCGCCAUGGGAUUCUCUAGCCUCAAUAUCGCCUUCAUUAUCUCGCUUCUUGUCGACCUCGUCUUCCAGGUGUACAUGUACUUCUUGACAUGGCGUUUCUCCAAACGGCUGGAACACUACUCGAAUAUGAAGGGACCGUUCUAUGGAGGAUAUUACAAUGCAUAA